AAUGAACAUGAAUGAACAUGUUUAAAUUUUCCAGCGCUCGGUUCGGUCGUGUUGAGUACCCGUUUGUCUGCGUUGCGUUCCCGCGUACGAUUUGACGUAAUUUUUUUGAAUUUUUGUCGAGGCUAUAGGCUGCUGGUUCGCUGUGGUAUUUCGAUCCGUAGAAAUCGCUGGCAGACCGACCCCAUAUCACGCCGCUUUAUAAAUAAUGCAAGUGCAGUCCGUCGCCCCGAGGGCAGUACGGGAAAUCUAUUUUCGCCAAAUGCAAUAAAACAAAGGCAAAAACAAAGUUAAAGCAAAAACAAAUACAAAAACAAACGCAAGUUAAUCGCAUAUCAGUAAUUUGUGCUACAAGCAAUCGGAGUGCUAUAUAGAUCAUUUAUAUACGGUUAUGUCAUGGAAAAUCAUUGAGUGGAUUUUGAACAUUUCCUAGGGCAUAUAUUGAGAACAGUUAAAACAAAGCCAAAAGCAACAAAAAUAACAUUGGAAACGCGUGUCAUUUUUUUGCAAACUUUUUUUUUUUUGCGAUAUCAGCGCCGGCAGCAGAGAAACUUGUAAAAAGCCCGCCCGCCCGACAGACCCCCUUUGGUUGUCUCUUCUUUUAUUGCCCUCACGCGUUUUUUGUUUUUGUGCGUGCCGUGCUUGUGUGUAUGUUAGCCGGCAGUUUGUGAGAGUGUAUUAGUGGAGGAAAACAGCUGUUUGUUGCAAACGUUACGCUCUCUCUUCACGUGGCUUUCCCUUGCUGGCUCUCCGUCUCUCUGUCUGUCUGUCUGUGCCCCCGCCCCCCCGCGCUUUGAGUGCCAAGCAGUGCAAAAAGAAAAGAGAAAAGCUCUUCCAUCCACACAAUAAAACAAAAAAAACAGCAUCCACAACAUCCACAUCAAUAUGGCGGCAGCGAUAGCGACGACAGGAGUAUCCUCCAGGAGGAACAUCUGUGUGACGCAGCUCCUGCUCUUCGCCCUCCUCUGUGGCGGCAUUGUGGGCCUCGUCGAUGGCAAGCAUUUGGGGGACCACCAGCACCAGCAUCAGCACAGUGCCGCCACGCACCAUCGGCGGCGCCUGCAGCGGGACUCGCGCGCCAAGGAUACAGCGCAGCAGCAGUGUGAGGCCGUCAAGGGGUAUUUCGAGUCGAUCGACAUUCAUUCGAGUGGAGUCUACAAUGAAAAAGGCGCCAUUUGCGGUGGCAACUGCUGCAACAAUGCCACCGAGCUGGAGCUCCGCCAGAAGGCCGCCGGAAUGUUUGAGCAGCUGCUGCAUCAUCACACGAGCAGCCUGCGCGGGAUCCUGGCGGAUAAUGCCAACCAAUUCCAGAGUCACGUCCUGGAGCUGGCCCAGCAGUCGGAGAACAAGACACUGACGGUCUUCUCCAAGGUCUACAUACGAAUGGUGCCGCUGUCGGGGAUGAUGAUCCGCCAGUUGUAUACGGAAAUCAUGAACCACCUGAACUACAUCUCGAACUACACGAACAGCAACGGCCAGAUGGGCGGCAAGGCCGGCAUUGGCAGCCUACGGAGUGGCCUCGAGGACGCCGUGCACAAGUUCUUCGUGCAGCUGUUCCCCGUGGCCUACCACCAGGCGGUGCACCUCGCCAAGAACAAUUACGGGGAGCUGCACGAGGACUACAUCAACUGCCUGAAGCACAACUUUGACGAGCUGCAGCCCUUCGGGGGCAUACCCAGGGAGAUCCAGAGCAGCCUCGUCCAGAGCGUGCACAUGUCGAACGUGUUUAUGAACGCCCUGCUGCAGAGUGCCGAGGUCCUGGCCGAGGCGGACGCCCUCUACGGCCAGCAGCUGACGGACACGUGCAAGAUGCAUCUCCUCAAGAUGCACUACUGCCCCAACUGCAACGGCCACCAGACGCGGGGCCAGCCGCAGAUCUGCAACGGCUACUGCAUGAAUGUGAUGCGCGGCUGCUCGGCGGAGUACGCCGGCCUGCUGGACAGUCCCUGGUCGAGUGUCGUCGAGGCGUUGAACAAUCUGGUCACCACCCACAUUGUGACGGACAGCGGCAUCAUCAACACCAUCAUGAAGCUGAGCACCAAGAUCUCCGAUGCCAUCAUGCACGCCAUGGGCAAUGGGCCGGAGCUGGAGCAGAAGGUUAAGAAGACAUGCGGCACGCCCAAUCUGUCGCCCUCGCUGACCGACGAGUCGGAGACGCGUCUGCAGCAGCACAAGAACAGCGUCAAGUGGGCCACGCCACCGGAUCCGGACAUGGUGCGCUUCCUCUCCACCAUCGAGAAGACCAAGGAGUUCUACACGAACAUUGUGGACAACUUCUGCGAUGCCGAAUACACCACCGAUGAUCGUCUCUGCUGGACGGGCGAUCGCAUUGGCGACUACACACAGCUGCUGAUCGACACCGGGAUGGACAGGCAGCGCUACAAUCCCGAGGUGCCCUGGAAGACCCAGACGCAGGUCAGCAAGCUGAACGAGCUGGUGGACAAGCUGAUCAAGAUACGCAAGAGCAUUGGAGCAGCGGCACCCUCUUCGAGCGUACAGUCGCACGACAUCCAAAGCGACAUGGGCCGCGAGGGCUCUGGCGGCGGCGGCGGUGGCCAAAUCAGCGACGAUGAUGAGGAGUACGGCGGCGGCAUACACGGCUCCGGCGACGGUUCUGGCGAUGGUGCCACAUCCAUCGACGAUCGCGCUGGCGAAACGACCAUACCCGAUACCGAGCAGCGCGAGAAUAACCAGAGCGGCGGUGCCUCCAAUCCGCUGGCAGCCCCUGCGACGUGCCUGCUCCUCACUCUAGUCACAAUACUCUACAGGAGCUGCAGUUAAGCCAUAGCGACGACAAAGGAUUAAGGAUAAACGAGUCCCCGAACAGCGACAGCCGCAACAGGCGCAACAGCAACCGAUGGAUGGCAGCGAAAUGCAUGCGAGAGAAUCGAUUAAAAUCAUUAAUUAAUAACUAUUAUCAUUAUUAUUAUUAUUAUUUGUGUAAUUCUUAAGUUGUUACAAAACGUAAUUUAUUAGCCCCGUAAGCGCCAACACCCCCCAGACCCCCGCCACCCUUCCCAAGAAAAAGGGGAAUUUCGGAGUAGCGCCCCUUCUAGCUUUUCCAUUUCCACGAUACGAAUUUCCCCAUGCAG